CUUCAGUGCGUAAGCGUUUUGCAUGUGGCUGUUGAGCUACUAAGGGUACGAAUGUUUAGUUUGUGUGGUUAUUAAAGUUGAUACAAUUAAGUUUUAGGCAGAAUGCCAAAAGUUAAAGCCGAAAAAAAGUCAAGGCAACAUGCAGCUGUUGCCAAACAAGGAAUCCUUUUCAUCAAGAACUUCGGUCAACAUAUUCUGAAGAAUCCACUUAUAAUUCAGAGUAUGGUGGACAAAUCUGCCCUGCGACCUACGGAUGUCGCUUUAGAAAUUGGUCCUGGAACGGGAAACAUGACAAUUAAGCUGCUUGAAAAAACAAAGAGAGUAGUGGCAUGUGAAAUCGACCCUAGAUUGGUUGCAGAAUUGCAGAAACGUGUUCAAGGCACACCAUACCAAUCCAAAUUGCAGAUUAUGAUUGGUGAUGUUUUGAAAACAGAAUUGCCUUUCUUUGAUGUUUGUGUUGCCAAUAUACCAUACCAAAUCUCAUCCCCGUUAGUAUUCAAACUGCUUUUGCACAGACCCUUCUUCAGAUGUGCAAUUAUCAUGUUUCAAAGAGAGUUUGCACAAAGACUUGUUGCAAAGCCAGGUGACCAGCUGUAUUGCAGACUGUCUGUUAACACCCAGCUGCUUGCCAGAGUGGACAUUGUUAUGAAGGUUGGCAAGAACAAUUUCCGGCCACCACCUAAAGUGGAAUCUAGCGUUGUGCGGUUGGAACCUCGAAAUCCACCGCCACCAAUUAACUUCACUGAGUGGGAUGGUCUUACUAGGAUAGCUUUUGUGCGUAAGAACAAGACGCUGAGUGCAGCGUUCAAACAGACACCGGUUAUUGCUGCACUGGAAAAGAACUACCAAAUUCACUGUUCUCUCAGUAAUGUUAAUGUUCCAGACAACUUUAACAUGAAGCAGAAAGUUGACAACAUUUUAAAGAGCUGUGAAUCUGAAUCAAAGCGAGCCAGAUCUAUGGACAUUGAUGAUUUUAUGAUGCUUCUUCAUGCUUUCAACACUGAGGGAAUACACUUCUCAUAACAUCUUUGUAGUUGUGGUAUCAAGUGUGAUAUAUUACAUGGAAGGCGUGAUUAAAAUAUUUGUAAACCAAUGAGAAUCCAACCCUUUAUGCAACUGUUGGAGAAUGCAAAUAAAUUAAUUCAGCCUUACAUUUUUUUUCAAAAUAAAAUGAUUAAGUAAACUAAA